AUGCCUGGCCCAGAUGAAUGGUUGGAGACAGUCAAGAAAUGCCAGUAUCUGCCGGAACCCGAUAUAAAGAAACUAUGCGAUACAGUCAAAGACUUGCUCAUGGAAGAAUCAAACAUCCAACCUGUACAUAGUCCUGUCACCGUCUGUGGUGACAUCCACGGACAGUUCUUUGACCUCAUCGAGUUGUUUCGUGUCGGAGGAGAGAUUCCUACUACCUCUUACAUAUUUAUGGGUGACUUUGUAGAUCGUGGAUAUUACUCGCUAGAAACAUUUACAUUAUUGCUGGUCCUCAAGGCCAGGUAUCCAGACAAGAUUACACUAUUGCGAGGAAAUCAUGAAAGCAGACAGAUAACACAAGUAUAUGGCUUCUAUGAUGAAUGCCAAACAAAAUAUGGCAAUGCCAAUGUGUGGAAGUAUUGCUGCGGUGUCUUUGAUUACUUGACAUUGGCUGCAAUUGUAGACGGCAGAGUACUAUGUGUGCACGGUGGAUUAUCGCCGGAUGUACGUACAUUGGAUCAAAUUCGAACAAUACAGCGAUGCCAAGAGAUUCCUCAUGAGGGUGCCUUCUGCGACUUGAUGUGGUCAGAUCCUGAGGAAAUUGAAACAUGGGGCGUCAGUCCUAGAGGAGCAGGAUGGUUGUUUGGUAGCAAAGUGACUUCAGAGUUCAACCAUGUCAACAAUCUGCUUUUAAUUGCACGAGCCCAUCAAUUGGUUCAAGAGGGAUACAAGUACAUGUUCCCAGAUUCCAAUCUAGUUACAGUAUGGUCCGCACCCAACUAUUGUUAUCGCUGUGGGAAUGUUGCAUCGAUAAUGGUGGUGGACGAGAGUCUGAAUAUUGACGAAAAGUCAUUCAAGAUAUUCAAUGCUGUUCCUGUGCUUCAACCACGUGGUUGUGGCAAACCUGACGUUGGUUGCAACAUUAGGUAUCAAGAUGUCGAAUUACGAUACCCAUUAAACACCUACAAGCAAUUAGUCGUUGAUACCGAGCGUAAAACAUGGAGGAAACGAAAGCAAACAGCACAUCCUUCCUUCCCUGCUUCAUACAUUGAAAACGGAACAUCAGGAAGAGGCAACAAUUGGGCUCAUGGGUAUUGGGAUACACGACGAUUAGAUGAUAUCAUGGAAUUGUAUCGUUCCGUCUCGGAGAAGGCUAGUCGUUAUGAUGGGUGUAUGUUGCUUCACAGUGUCGCUGGAGGAACUGGAUCUGGUCUAGGAUCUAGGCUAGCAGAAGAAAUACGCGAUGCAUUUCCUAAAGGCUUCAUCAUGUCGACCGCGAACGUCGACUUUAUUGGCUUGUUUUCAAAUGAUUCCGUCAUGGCUUCUAUACAUAGACAGCUUGGGAUUUAUGCUGGCAAAGCAACCACCCUCAACAAUCGAGUAUCACUUGACGACCUGAAUGAGUAUAUUGCAUCUUGCCUAGCUGCAUUCUUGUUGCCAACAAGUGACUUGGUUAAUGGAAGGCUGUCCACAAAAUCCAUUGACCCGUGGGCAUUGAUAACAGACAUAACACCAAUGCCUUGUUGUAAGAUGGCUUCAUUCUCGUCGUCUAGUAUAGCUCGUCAAGCUUCAAAGCACUCUGUGGUGGAAGGAUGGGAUGACAUGGCUGCCAACUUGAUGAGGAAUGCUAGUGUGCCUUUUGCUGAUCAUAAGAGAUUGACAUUAUCAAGUGCACUAGUAGCACGAGGGACUAACGGUGGUGAUUAUGGACUACGAACUGUGAAUGUGUUGAACAGGAUUGCUACCAAACUCAAUGCUCCAAGAAUAUCACUUCACCAAACUUCUCACUACUAUGCAACUGAACCUAAAUCAACCAAGAAAUCUUUAACGCUAUGUUACAACAGUAACGAUGUGGUCCCCAUGCUUGAAUCCGUGACUAGGAAGGCAAGAGCAAUGUAUACUGAAGGAGCAUUCUUGCACUGGUAUCAGAAAUAUGGUGGUGAUGACACUCCAUACGUGUUUGAUGAAUGCUUUGAAGAAAUCACCUCUUAG